AUGUCCGGUCCGAUGUGGGCGAAAAGUACUCGGGGGGCGUUUUUGUUCUCAUUUGUCCGCUCGAGACGGCGAGGGAUCGACUCACUUUCUGGACUUCUUCCGGUUCCGAGGCGCCCCAUCAUCGACAUGUCCUACUCUGCGCACUUCAUUGAUUUUAAAAGGUCGUCCAUACCGAGCAGUAUGAAAAAGGUGGUCGUAAACAAGCUGAGUCCCAAUUUUCGAGAGGCCGCCUCGGUGCAAACUGUUCCGGUACCGACCCCCGCAGACGGCGACUUACUCGUCAGAAAUCGUUUUGUGGGGAUCAACGCCUCUGAUAUUAAUUAUUCAGCAGGCCGUUAUGACCCGACAGUGCAACCUCCCUUCGACGCUGGAUUCGAGGGUAUCGGCGAGGUCGUGGGCCUCGGCCUGAGUGCCAGCUCGCGCUACACUGUUGGGGACACUGUGGCCUACUUCAGCAGUGGUGCCUUUGCCGAGUACACCGUGGUUCCCGCCAAAGAAAGUGUGCCUGUCCCUUCUGUGAAGCCUGAGUUCCUCACCCUGCUGGUCAGUGGCGCAACUGCCUACAUCGCCUUGAAGCGUCUGGGUGACCUGGCCAAAGGCAAGACAGUUCUGGUCACAGCAGCCGCAGGAGGAACAGGACAGUUUGCAGUGCAGUUUGCCAAACAAGCAGGUUGUCACGUGAUCGGGACCUGCUCAUCCGACGAGAAGGCAGGUUUCCUUAAGUCCAUCGGUUGCGACAGGCCAAUUAACUACAAAGUUGAGGAUUUGGCUAAGACCCUGAAGACCGAGUAUCCAAAAGGCAUUGAUGUGGUUUAUGAAUCAGUCGGGGGCAGCACUUUAGAACUGGCCAUUAACUCUUUAGCUAAAAAAGGCCAACUGAUCAUUAUCGGUUUCAUCUCUGGCUACCAAUCUGCGUCGGGGAUCCCACAGUUCAGAGGGGCAACGGUACCCGUAAAGCUGCUACAAAAGUCGGCAAGCAUUCGAGGUUUUUUCCUUCCCCACUUUAUCAGCGACUACAGAGAGGCUUUGACUAGCAUGAUGCAGAUGUUUGCCAUGGGCAAACUGAUGUGCGAGGUGGAUUAUGGGGAUUUGGCUCAAGAGGGGAGGUUUGUUGGCCUGGAGUCAGUCUUCCGAGCUGUGGACUACAUGUAUGCAGGAAAGAACUUAGGCAAGGUUGUGGUAGAAGUGACACCUCUCUCCAAUGUUAAUAGUAAACUGUAA